UGUUAGUCUGACAGCCUAAUUAUUAUUAUUAUUAUUAGUCACGACCUAUUGCACAUGUCAUACUAUGCAUGCAUUUACAACAGAAUAUAAUAUAAUUUAUCAUUGCACUCAUUUAAGAAGCUCAUGAAUUAAUAAUAAGGCUAUUUAAUAAUAAAUAGCCUUAUGCAUGUACAGGCUCAUCAUCUGAUGAAAUUGAAAACUGUUACUCUUGUUUUGUUUUGAGGUUAGUGAACUCAUUGAUAUUUUUAGUUGGGCAAUAUAACUUCAUUAGAUUUAAAUUUGAGUUUGCCUAUAGGACUCAAUCAGUGAAAAAACAUACUUUAUUAAAGUUAAAUUACAUACAACUUGAAUACAUUGAAUCAACUUUGAUACAAUGUAUGUUUAAUAACUUACGUGUAGUCGUCCUUGUAAUGGAAUACAAAUAUAACUGAUUUAUUUGACCAAAUUAGUCCUACAUUUUAAGGUUGAACAGUGAUGUUUUUUUUCGGUUCUGUGUUAUCAUAUAAACGGCAGCUUUUGAAAAACAUCGCCAAUUGGUCAGAUGUGCUACCGUUUUGCUAAUAGUUCAUCAAUGUCAGUACAUGGCAUAUAGCAUAAAACAUGAACCAGCUUGGACACAUGAAGUGACACAGGGGACCCAAUCAGUGAAGUCACCGGCAGUCAGAGGUGGCUGGCCCUGUUUUACAAGGCGCAGCUCUCGCCUCCACCCUCCACCCAACGAUAGAGAAAGUCAUGCGCUCAGAGAAUUCACACUACAUUCACCCCAGGAAUCGACUUUUAAUCUGGAUACUGUCCCAAACGCUCCUGCUGCAUGGGGUUGAAUUUACCCUUCAAUGGCAUUUCACGAGGAAGACAACCGGGAGGACGCACGAGAGUGUCCAGUGUGCUACGAGUGUCUGUCGGGCACGGAGAGGACCCUGAGCUGCGGACACGUAUUCUGCCACGACUGUCUGGUCAAAACGCUGGUGAGCAUCAACAGCAAUGGGAACAUCAGAGACACUAUUGUUUGCCCCAUCUGUCGACAUCUCACAUUCAUCAAGAAACAAAAGCAAGCGCUCGUGCCCGCCGUCACGGCGGACAAGGAUCCAGGUGAAGGGCAGAUCCUCGAGGUACCUCUCCCUCCGCCGCCGGGACCGGUCCAGAGCGCGUGGCGUGCCUCCGUGGACGCUUCACCGGGACAAGUUAACUGGAUCGCUCGCUGCUUUAGAGAGAUGUCGUAUCGAUUGUGUCCACAGAGGUGGAUCAGCCCCAACCGCAACGCGUCUCAGAUCUUCAUCAUCAGCGCUCAGGGGCGACCCAUGGCGGAGAACGAUGCCCUGAGCGUUGUGAUGACUGUGGUUCGACCCCGGCCCAGGCGAAGGCGCAGGAUUUGCACAACUGCACGAUGCCUGCUGUUUUUACUGUCUGCGUUUACUAUACUGGCACUAGUGGCUGCGACUUUACCCUGGAUUCUGCUGGCAUAGCUCGGGGAUGUGUGCGUGUGUGCGUGUGCGUGUGUGUGUGUCUGGAUUAUGAAUUGCCACGAGGGAACGAUGAACUGACAUGUUUAGAACAUGACUGGAGUGACGUUUGUCUUCCAGCGAUGCAAUGUUGUUCCUGAAAACAAAAUAAAUCCGAUGCGUUUCAUGGAAUAAUAAAUACUGAUUUAAAGGAA